AUGUCUAUUUCCUACAAAGAGCUUAUUGCUCUUCGUCGUGCACAUUUGGCUCGCCAAGGGCAAAACGCACCGUUAUCUCCAGGUCGGUCUGAGUUGCAGGCUUCACAGGUAGGUGCCUCCUCUGAGACCGCAGUGGUUAGGGUGGAUGAUGUUUCUCCUCAACUAGAAAUCGAGGGAAGACCCCAAGAGACACUCCCGGAGUGGUUAGUGGAUGAGCAGCAACCAACUGUUGGGCUUAGUCAUCUUCCAUGGUCCCAGUCAGUGGAGGGAAGAUACACGACCGAGGAGGAGGUCCCCCGGGCUGAAGAACCAAAGGUCAUGGUUCCUCACGAAACCAUUAAGGGUGAUUUGCCACGGAUGGAAGUGAUGAGACGCUGGCGUCGGAGGUACGACAAAUAUUCUCUCCUGGAAUUGCUCAAGGAAAAAAACGUCGUUGCCGACGGUAGGUUUUCUUGGGAAGAAUCCGAAGCCAACCAGUCACUUCUUCCUCUUCACGUUUUUGACAACGUAAGUUACGAGGAACUUUCACCGAGUGAUUGGAUGAGCAAGAGGGAUGAGACGGGCGGUGUCGUAUGUUUAGCUUUACCUGACGCCAAUGUAUGUUCGUGGGUUCGGGGGUGGGUGACGGGAUGGGACGAAGAGACCAACGUGUUGACUGUGCGCCUGUGUGACGCGGGUGCCGCCACGGGUGACCCCAAACAAACAAAAGGGACCGUUGUGCGGCUUCACCGCUUGUAUGUGUGUUUUAAUGCAGAGAACCCGGAAAACUUUGCGGAACGGUUUGCGGGGGCGUACCGCAUGCGAAAUCUGCUGAAAAGUGUCCUUAGGCAGCAAACAUUUGUCGAUGCCAUUCCAACAGAUGAAUUUCAGACGGUGGACCCGUACGCACUAGAACGUGUGCAUCAGUUGUGUUUGAAUACGCCGAAACUCCUCCAAAAACAAGAUUUGCUGCAGGUGACCAAGGUUCUAAACGAUGUACGAUCGGACUACUCCCAUGUAAUGAACCGCGAGCUAUUGAACCAUACAGUGAAAAACGGCGCGCUCCAAGAGCUUCUGGGAGGUGCGGAACUUCCAGUUGAUAGGCCACAUGUCCAAGUGCAGAAAUGCGGCGUGCACGAGCUUCGUCACAAUUGCUUCCGAAGUAUCGUGAGUUCUUUUCUAUCCAACUCAAUUACUGCCCGAAGUGAAAUCGCUAUUGCCAUUUUGCAGCGUGUGCGCGAGGGUAAUGAAGUCUUGAUGGCUAGGAGAGUAUUCCGAACGAGCAAGGUCCCAGAUGAACAGGUUACACUUACUUUGAAUGCGUUCGAGGAUGUACAGGUUACGUCUGUGCGGGAAAAUGCUCAGUUUGUGCGCGAAAAGUGGAUUCCCGGCAUUACUGAAUUUAUCAAACGCAUAUGCUCUGACUGCGAUGAGAAUGAGGAUGUAACACUGAAGGUACGCGAGUGUGACUACGAGACAUGCAAAGUGCGUGGCCUCAUGAACACCAUCACACUACAAAUGGAAGAUACCUUGCGCUGGGUGCUGACGAACGCACUUUCAGAGUUUGCGUCCUUUGUAGAGGAGUGUGCGAAGUACACUGUGAAGGUGCACAGCAUGUUUGAUGUUGAGGUUGUACCUCAUCCAGACUUGAAACGCGCAAGGAUUGUGCCACUCUUCAAGGUUUCUCUCGUAGAUGGCGAAGAACGGAAUUUGGUGUGGAGCUCAUCAAUUUCUGACUUCUUAUCGAUGCUUACGGAAGUUGUCUACCGAUGUCUAGCGUUACAUACCGGUGCUCGUUCGGUGGAGCGGCGCCUGUUUACCUUCCUCUUUGACAGCCACACGGCGUUUCUUUCUUCCCUGCACGACGAUGAUCCAGCGUGCACGUCGUGCUUGCGCAGGCUGACGGAAGCUGUUGAACGGGCUGGAAAACCUUUGGAUGAAUACAUCGCGACCUUCGGUGACGUUCAAGAACUGAUUGCACUUGAUGUAAAGCAAUACAUAGAGGAUUUCAAGCAAAAGUUCCCCACGACGAAAGGUGUGGAGGAAGAGAUUCUGCGAUAUAACCAAAAGCAAAAGGAUGUGUCCGAGAUGAUACCCCGUCAGAAGGACCUCGGUCUUUUUCAGGUUGACUGCACAGAUUUGAAAAAGCGGCUCACAUGGAAGUGUAAUCAAGUUGUCAACUCUAUUUUGGAUGUGAUGCUUAAUCGUGCAAACACCAAGGCUACGUUUGUGAUUAAUUCCUUCCAGGAGCUUCGCGACACCCUUGUUAAACCGACUCGGACACCUGAGGAGGUCGUAGACCGCCAGGACUUCAUCAAGGCAAUUCCGGAGAAGGUUUUUGACCUUCAGGCUGUGAUUAGUGAAAUUCAGCAGGUUUAUGCCAUCCUAGAUACAUUCCAUGUCCCGUUUAGUGAAGAAGACUUCAACAAGAAGUGGACAGCGAUAUCAUGGCCAGCACGUCUCGAUGAUGACAUCAUUCAGAGACAAGUCGAUCUCGAGCAGACGAAGCGUAGUCUUACCCUCAACUUGCGGAAGUCACAAGAGGCGUUUAGUGAGAAGGUGGUGCAGUUGCAACAUACGGUGGCCUCAUUCAACCGUCGCUCCAAUGUGAACAAAAUGAAUGAGAUUGUAGGGGAUGUCAACAACAUAUUGGAAAACAUCAGACAACUUUUGGAGACAGCAAACGAAUUCAACACGCACGAGAACCUCUUACUUCUGGAGAAGACAGAUUACACGAUGGUACGGGAUCUCCAGUCCGACUUCGAACCGUAUGCCUCGUUGUGGCUCACUGUGCACGAUUGGAACGUUGCCUUGCGUGAGUGGCAGGCUCGACCAUUUCCUGAGAUCGAUGCAGAGGCCAUGGAGAAGCGAGUAAUGAACAAUUAUCACACAAUAUCAAGAUGCUGCGUGGAUCCAAAACUCACCGAACUACUAACUGAAAUCGCGAAGAAGACGAAGGCGAAGAUAGAGGAAUUCCAACCCAUAUUGCCUUUCGUUAAGUUUCUCCGCACCGAGGGCAUGAAGGAUAGACAUUGGGACCAAAUCUCCAAAGAGAUUGGCCGCGAUAUCCGCCCAGGAAAGACAAUCAUGACGAUUAGUGAUGUAAAACCUUUGAUGACAGUUGAGUAUGAAGAAAUUUUGCUCCGUAUAUCGGAGGUGGCGUCCCGCGAGUACCAGAUAGAGACUUCACUGAGGAAGAUGAAGGAGGAGUGGGAAAAGAUAUCUUUCGACGUCCAGCCGUACAAGAGCACAGGGUGUUAUCUCGUUACGAAGGAUGCGGUGGACACGAUACAAGAAGUGUUGGACGACCAAAUGCUUAUCACCCAAUCCCUUGGCUUCUCACCUUUUAAGAAAAUGUUCGAAGCGGACAUUGCAGCCUGGGAAGCGUCCCUUAAGCGGGUGCAGUGCGUAAUGGAUGAGUGGCUUAUCUGUCAAAAGGCGUGGCUGUACCUAGAACCAAUUUUCCAGUCGGAGGACAUCACACGCCAACUGCCUAGGGAGACGGAGCGCUUCAAGAAGGUUAACGGGAACUGGCAUUACCUCACCAAUGAGGCCCAUGAGAAAAAACUAGUGUUAGAUUUCUGCGCAAUACCUGACAGUUUGAGUAAAUUCAAGGAUAAUAAUGAUGAACUGGAGCUAAUUCAGCGCGGGUUAAACCAGUACCUUGCAAGCAAGAGGAGUGCAUUCGCUCGGUUCUACUUUCUUUCGGAUGAUGAACUGCUUACGAUCCUUUCCGAGGCUCGUGAUCCAAGGAAGAUACAGCCUCAUUUCCGCAAAUUGUUUGAGAACAUCAUGGAGAUUGAUAUGCGUGACCCCGGAAACGAAAUGUUCGGUAUGUACUCGCAGAUGCGCGAGUACGUGCCUUUCGACCAGGGUAUUCUUCCCCGUAGAAACAUUGAGAAUUGGCUCAGUGAGAUCGAACACAUGAUGCGGAUUUCGAUUCGCUCUCAACUGUCAAAGGGCGUGAAGGACUGUGCCGAAAAGGGUCGUCAGAAUCUUAUUCUCAAUGCUCCUGGCCAAGUUGCUAUCGCUGUAAGUCAAAUCAUGUGGACAGCGAGCUGUGAGAGCAGUAUCAAGGAGCAUGGGUCUUUGGAACCCUAUAUGCCGAAGGCAAGGGAAAAUCUAAUGAGUCUUGUGGAAACGGUACGGCAACCUCUCUCUACGUUGCAACGUGUGAACAUUAGUGGUCUCAUCACUAUUGAAGUUCAUGCAAAGGAUAUUGUGGAGAAGUUAACCGAAGAUAAAGUUGAUAGCAUUUACGCAUUUGAAUGGAUUUCUCAACUUCGCUCGUACUGGGAAAACAAUGACUGCUAUUUGCGUCAAGUUGAGGCGCAGUUUCAAUAUGGUGGUGAGUACCUUGGCAACAGCACCCGUCUUGUCGUGACGCCACUUACUGACCGUAUCUACCUGACGCUCACUGGGGCCAUGCAUAUGUUCCUUGGUGGUGCACCUGCAGGUCCAGCUGGAACAGGUAAAACAGAAACUGUGAAAGAUCUUGCCAAAGCGGUCGCAAAGCAGUGCGUCGUGUUUAACUGUCAGGAAGGUAUGACGUACGCAUCGAUGGGUAAAUUUUUUAAGGGUUUGGCACAAGCGGGUGCAUGGGCGUGUUUCGAUGAAUUUAACCGUAUUGACGUAGAAGUGCUCUCCGUUGUGGCGCAGCAGGUUUCAACGCUUCAAGAAGCCUCUCGGUCGAAGCAGUUUCGAAUUCCCUUCGAGGGGACAGAAAUUAUUGUUGAUCCCUCGUAUUCUGUGUUCAUCACGAUGAAUCCAGGUUACGCUGGACGUACGGAGCUUCCAGAUAACCUGAAAGUUCUGUUCCGCCCCGUUGCGUGUAUGGUACCGGACUAUGCUAUGAUCGCCGAAAUUCGUCUAUUCUCCUUUGGAUACUCCAACUCUCGUACAUUGGCCCAGAAAAUGGUUGCGACAUUCCGGUUGAGUUCUGAGCAGCUUUCAUCUCAAGAUCACUACGAUUUUGGUAUGCGUGCUGUGAACACUGUCAUUUCGGCUGCUGGGCUAAUGAAGCGCGAGUGCCCCGAUGAAGAGGAAGAUGUCCUGCUACUCCGGGCGCUGCACGAUUCCAAUGCACCUAAAUUUUUGGACGAGGAUCUCCUUUUGUUCUCUGGCAUUAUCUCCGAUUUGUUUCCCGGUGUCGAGCUUCCGACGCGCGAUUAUGGUUCUUUGCUCUCGACUCUAAAAGAGAAAGCUGUAACCUUCCGCGUUGAACCUACGGACAUGUUCCUCAAGAAGUGCAUACAACUCUAUGAGAUGAACAUACUUCGGCACGGCCAAAUGCUGGUUGGACCAACAAUGGGUGGGAAGACAUCUGCUUCUCGCGUUCUGCAGGCCGCAAUGACAAAGCUUCGAGUGGAACUAAAUGAGGAACGGUACGCCCAGGUUUGCAUACAUGCUCUGAAUCCGAAGUCUAUUACGAUGGCCCAACUCUAUGGUGGCUUUGACGAUGCCACUGGUGAAUGGCGCGACGGGCUCAUCGGUGAACUUUUUCGGAUAGCCGCUCGGGACACAACGGACACCAAGCAGUGGAUUUAUUUUGAUGGGCCAGUGGAUGCCCUGUGGAUUGAAUCAAUGAAUACCGUGCUAGACGACAACAAGAAACUUUGUCUGAUAUCUGGUGAGAUUAUUGCCAUGACACCGUACAUGAGUUGCUGGUUUGAAGUGGAGGAUCUGGCUGUUGCGUCUCCCGCUACUGUGUCUCGCGCCGGUAUGAUUUACAUGGAACCUUUGGGGUGUAUUGGUGUAGAUGCCUUCAUCAAGACAUGGAAGGAUUACCGCCUUCCCUCGAGCAUGGAGCCGUACAAGGAUGAGUUGGAGAAACUAUGCUCUGAACUCUUUCCCCUUCUUAUUGAAUUUGUGCAGCAGCAGGUGGUGGAAUACUGCCCUUCCGUGUGGCCCAAUCUUUUGAUUUCAUGCUUUAACAUAUAUGAGGUGCUUUUGGAACCCUUUACACCCACGCGAAUCGCAGAGGUACCGGAGGAACAGCUGACAAAAUUGAAAGCAGUGUACAUGCACCUUUUUGUCUUUUCAGUUGUGUGGUCCUUCGGUGCAACAGGGGACCGAGAGAGUCGUAAGCCCUUUGACUGUUUUCUGCGCACAUCGUUGGCAAAUUUGGGCGUGCUCAUUUCACUCCCACCCAUUGGAUGUAUUCAAGAUUACGAGUUCUGCGUGGAGCAGGGGCGUUGGAUCCCCUGGACCGAGCGACUCCCACCCUUCAUGGCCAAGGUAACAGCGAACACCUUUGCGGAAAUCAUUGUGCCCACAGCUGAUGUGGUGUGUUACAAAUUUCUCAACCGUUUGCUGCUGCAGAAGUCGUUCCACACGCUGUGCUGCGGUCCUACGGGUACGGGGAAAACAGUGGUACUCCAGCAGCUUUUGAUGCACGAGAUGCCAAAGGAGUUCACACCAAUCUUCUUCACGUUUUCUGCUCGCACAAGUGCCAACCAAACGCAAGACCUUAUCUUCUCCAAGUUUGAAGUCCGACGUCGUGCAACCCCGCAAAUUUGGGGCGCCCCAGUCAACAAGAAAUUUGUCAUUCUUAUUGACGAUAUGAACAUGCCGGUGAAGGAGCAGUACGGCGCUCAACCACCUAUUGAGAUUUUGCGGCAGUACAUGGAUUACAAGGGAUGGUAUGAUCGCAAGACGCGUGAGUUCUUUAAUAUUGUUGAUAUUGUCUUUUCUGGUGCUAUGGGUCCACCAGGCGGUGGUAGAACACACAUCAGCCAAAGAUUCUUGCGACAUUUUAAUCUCAUUGCGUUUCCAGAGGUUAAUGAGGGAAGUAUGGACCGUAUCUUUGGUUCCAUUCUGGAUGCAUACUUCAAACCUUUUAGUGAGGAGGUUUGUCAACUGCUGCCACAGGUGUUGAAGGCAUCCAUUGCUGUGUUUAAUACGGUAACCAAAUCGCUACGCCCAACUCCGUCGCGGUCCCACUACUUGUUUAACCUGCGUGACCUUGCUAAGGUGAUCAGUGGUUUAAUAAUGGCUACGCCCGAAACAACAAACUGCGCGGUUGGUCUUCUCCGCCUUUGGAUUCACGAAGAGAUGCGGACAUUUAAGGAUCGUCUCAUCACUGACGCAGACAGACAAUGGUUUGACCAACAGCUACGGAAGCAGGUCGAAGAGAGAUUUCAUAUGCGUUUCAGUGAAGUGGUGCCCCCAGAAAGGGGCACUGACGGAUUGCUUUUUGCGGAUUUCAUUGGGAAGAAGGACGUCGCUAAUCGGUACCAAGAGGUGACCUCCCCGGAGGAGCUUGUCGCAGUUCUGAAGAAGAAGUUAGAUGAGUACAACUUUGUUGCCUUCCACAAACUGCACAUUGUGAUGUUUUCGUAUGCCGUUGAGCAUAUCUGUCGCAUAGCCCGCGCCACCCGAAAGCCUAAUGGCCACGUUCUGUUGUUAGGCGUUGGUGGUUCAGGGAGGCAGUCCCUGUCGCGCAUUGCGGCGUUUAUUAAUGACUUCGAAACCUUUCAAGUUGAGAUUACGAAGGGAUAUUCGACAAAUGCUUGGCGUGAAGACAUUAAGAAGGCACUUCGGCGUGUGGCUUUUCAGAACAAACAGGUUCUCUUUCUUUUCACCGACACACAGAUUGUACAUGAAGCGAUGCUGGAGGACGUUAACAACCUGCUAAACUCAGGCGAGGUGCCGAACCUUUUUGAGGGUCCUGAUUUGGACGAGGUGUUUACAGCCAUGAAGCCUGUUUGCAUUGCUGAGAAUAUUUCUCUCGACAAGGUGGGUAUGUACGCUCGAUUUGUCAAGUUUUGCAAGUUUAAUCUUCACGUUUCCCUUUGUAUGUCGCCUCUGGGAGAAACUUUCCGAGGACGUCUCCGGAUGUUUCCAGCACUAGUGAACUGCUGUACAAUUGACUGGUUUACAGCGUGGCCCGCUCAGGCACUGCACAGUGUUGCUCAUAAUUACCUCAGCAACAUGAAAUUACUCACCCCCAAGGAAGUGGAAAGCUGUACUGAACUUUGUGUAAUGAUACACGAAUCUGUGGAGAAAAUGUCGGAGCGCUUCCUCGAGGAGACACGGCGUCAUGCGUACGUUACACCAACGUCAUUCCUUGAGCUAUUGCAAACUUUUAAACUUAUUCUCGAGUCUCAAACGGCCAAGGGGAACAUUACCAAGCAACGACUGCAGAAUGGUAUGGAAAAACUUCGUGAAACUGAAGACGCAGUAGCUGGUUUGCAGCAGUCUCUGGCCGAAAACCAGCCCAUUCUUUUGCAGAAGAGCGAAUCUAUCAAGAAACUGAUGGAGGAGAUAAUCGUUCAAACAGAAUCCGCCGAGGAAACGAAGCAGGAGGCCGAGAAGGAAGAAGCUGCCGUCGCUGCGAAGCAAAGGGAAUGUGCUUCCAUCGAGGCCGAGGCUCAGGAACAGCUUAGUGAGGCGCUGCCAGAGUUGGAUCGGGCUUUAGACAGUUUGGCGAACUUGAAGUCUUCACAAAUUACUGAGGUGGCUGGUUAUAAGGCGCCAACACCCGGUGUCGUCAUGACGAUGCAGGGUAUUGCUAUUCUUUUCCAGAUCAAACCUGUUAUGCGUGCUGGUGGUCCCAUGGAAGAGAAGAAGCCCGAUUACUGGGCAACAGCAAAGGAACAACUCUUGAACAACCCCAAUGCAUUAUUGCAGCGGCUCAUUAACUACGACAGGGAGCACAUCAAUGAACGCCUUAUCCAAGCUGUAAUGCCCUUAGUUUCUUCGGAAGACUUUACGCCAAAAAAGAUUGCGGGUGCCAGCCAGGCUUGUGCUGCUAUGUGCCAGUGGACGCACGCUAUGGUCAAGUUUCAUUAUGUUAACAAGAAGGUGGAACCACUGCGGCAACGGCUAGCCGUUGCGCAGGAAGAUAACCGAGUGUUCCAAGAAAAGCUCCGCAUUGCUCAAGUGCGGCUGGAAGCGGUCGCAAUGAAGUUGGAGCGGUUGCAAGACGAUAAGACCCGUGCUGAAAACGAGAUGCAGGAACUAGAGCAGGUGGUUCGUAUGACCGAGUUGAAACUUGCGAGGGCGGAUAUGCUUAUUGACGGUUUGGGAGGGGAGAAAAAGAACUGGACAAAUACCGUGCGGGAGAUUGACGAGAAUUUUAAGUAUUUAGUGGGCGACAUGCUAGCUGCUGCGGGGCAGAUUGCAUACGUUGGACCGUUCACAGCGACGUAUCGCAGUGAACUACUAACGCAAUGGACAGCUGAGCUGGAUAGACAUAAGCUCGUCCACCACCCUCAACUUUCCGUCUUUUACACCAUGCAGGACCCCAUUGUGACACAGGGUUGGAAUGUAAAUGGCCUGCCUACGGAUAUGCUGUCAGUCGAAAACGCCCUCAUCAUGAGCAACGCACGCCGGUGGCCACUCAUGAUUGACCCACAAACUCAAGCAAAUAAGUGGAUCAGACAGACAUAUCCCGAUGGACUAGAGAUCCUGAAACCAACCCAAAAGGAUUUAGUGAAGCGCAUUGAGUACGCCGUUCGAUCGGGACGGCCCGUACUAUUGGAGAAUGUAGGGGAAAAUAUUGAUGCCACCCUUGCGCCGCUUCUAGCCAAACAGACGUUUAUAGAGGGUGGACAAGAGAUGAUCCGUCUUUCCGAGCAUCCGAUCCCGUGGAAUCCAGAUUUUAAGUUCUUUAUGACCACAAAGUUACCGAACCCGCACUAUAUCCCCGAGGUAAUGGUGCAGGUGACGCUGCUUAACUUUUUCAUUACUCCUCAGGGACUUGAAGACCAGCUGCUUGGUGUUGUGGUUGGGCAAGAACGAAAGGAACUAGAGAUGCGUAGGAGCGAUCUUAUCAAGACAAAUGCAGCGAUGCGGGCGGAGGUUGCAAACAUCCAAACGACGAUUUUGCGGAAGAUGGAGGAGGUCAAGGGUGAUAUUCUAGAUGAUGAGAGCCUCAUUGAAUACUUGAAACAGUCGAAAACCACAACCAAGGAGAUCAAUGACAAAGUGGCGGAAGCAGAGCAGGCUGAAAUAGAGAUUAACGCCAGUCGUGAACUCUACCGCCCGGUGUCGCGUCACUCCUCAUGCUUAUACUUCUGCUGCGCGACGCUUUCCAAUGUAGACCCUAUGUAUCAAUAUUCUUUGCAGUGGUUUGUUCGGUUGUUUAUUAAUGGCAUUGAAUCGUCGGAAGCUUCCGACAACCUGGAGACGCGGCUUCAGAAUCUUCAGGACUACUUUACGUACAGCUUCUACCAAAAUAUCAGUCGCUCACUUUUUGAGAAACACAAAAUCAUGUUUUCGUUCUACUUGUGUAUACGGAUUCUGCAGCAGAAGGACGCCAUCGACGAGUCUGAAUUCCGCUUCCUCCUUCAAGGCCCUUCGGUAACAUUCAAAACGAUGCCUAACCCAUCACCCUCCUGGCUCACGGAGUCUACGUGGUUAGAUCUCUGUUAUCUGUCGAAGAAGUUCCCUGUGUUCAACGGUUUCGAAGCUCACAUUUCCAGAAAUGUCGAUUUCUACAGGGGAAUUUUCAUGUCUCCCUCAGCGCACAAGGAGGCGCUGCUACCACCGUAUGAGAAGGAAGUUACUCCGUUGCAGAGGAUGAUGUUCCUCAGAUGUCUUCGACCCGAUAAGUUAAUGGAAGCUGUGCAAGAUUUCGUCAGCAGUGAGCUAGGAGAACGCUUCAUCCGCCCACCGCCGUUUGACUUAUUUACCUCCUUCAAGGAAUCCAGUCCAACAGCGCCGCUUAUUUUCAUACUCUCUCAGGGAGCGGAUCCAUUCGAGGACUGGAAGAAGUUUGCGGAGCAAAACAACAUGGGUAAAAAAUUGUCGGAUAUUUCACUAGGUCAAGGCCAAGGUCCGAGAGCCGAGCGGAUGCUGCAAGAGGGCAUGGAGAAUGGUACAUGGGUACUCUUGCAGAACUGCCACCUGGCAACAUCAUGGAUGCCAACACUUGAACGGUUAGUAGAGGGAAUGAAGUACGGUAUUCAUUCCUCUUUCCGACUGUGGCUUACCUCUAUGCCUAGUCCUCACUUCCCUGCAACGGUUCUGCAGAACGGUGUGAAGAUAACCAAUGAACCACCUAAGGGAAUGCGAGCUAAUGUCACACGUUCUGUGUUGAGUUACCGUCCGGAUUACCUGGACACUUGCAAGAAGUCAACAGAGUUUAAAAAGCUUUUCUUCGCCAUGUCGUUCUUCCACGCCCUUAUCCAGGAGCGUAGGAAGUUUGGUCCGCUAGGGUGGAAUAUUCCGUACGAGUACACUUCCGGAGAUUUGGGUUGUUGUGUGGCGCAGAUUCGAAUGUUCCUUGACAAGUACGAAGAAAUUCCCUACAAGGUCAUCAAGGAAUUGAGUGGAAACAUUCACUAUGGCGGCCGUGUUACGGACGAUUGGGAUCGUCGAACACUGAAUACAUUGUUGGAGGUGUUUGUACAUCCUGAUGUGAUGAAGGAUGGCUACAAAUUUUCUCCGUCGGGCACCUACAAUUCUAUACCUGUUGGAUCACAGAAGAGCUAUCUAGAUUACAUUGAGACCUGGCCGAUGAAUACAAACCCUGAAAUAUUUGGCUUGCACGAAAAUGCAGACAUCACGUGCGCACGUAAUGAAACAUUUGAGACAUUAGAGGCAAUUCUCUCUCUGCAGGGCGAGGCUGCGCCGAAGAGUGCCUCAGGUCAGUCUCCGGAUGAGGUGGUUGUGGAGUUAGCUAAACUUAUUAGAAAGCGCGUAAGUGAGCCAUUUAAUAUUCCCGAUUUUCAGAAGAAGUAUCCAACAAUGUAUGAAGAUUCUAUGAACACUGUGUUGGUGCAGGAGGCCAUUCGAUUCAAUCGUCUCACCGCUGUUGUGCGCGAAACGCUGGAAGCCCUUCCCCUUGCUAUUAAAGGUGAGGUGCUGAUGAGCCGGGAACUGGAGGAGGCAUACCGCUGUCUCUACAAUAAUCAAGUGCCUGCACAAUGGGCUGAACGUGCUUAUCCGAGUCUCAAACCACUUGGAGCUUGGGUGGAUGACUUGGUUAUGCGUUUGGAGAUGAUUUCAUCAUGGUACGAAGAGGGUCAUCCGUCUGUUUACUGGAUUUCAGGAUUUUACUUUCCUCAAGCAUUCCUUACAGGCAUUUUACAGAAUUUUGCGCGUAAGAUGCAAAUAUCCAUUGAUACGGUCAGUUACGGCUUCGAGUGGAUGAAAGAUGACCCUGAGAAAAUCACUAGCCAUCCAAAAACUGGUUGCUAUGUCCACGGUGUUUUUAUUGAAGGUGCAAGGAUUGACCGCAGCAGCCUCAAACUUGUGGAGUCGAUGCCGAAGGUGCUGUUCGAACAGGCUCCUUUAUUGUGGUUACAACCCAUCAUAAACAGAGAGAAGCCAACUGAUAGUGUUUACAUUUGCCCACUUUACAAAACCCUGCGUCGUGCAGGUACGCUAAGCACCACUGGGCACUCCACAAACUAUGUUCUCACUGUCGAGAUACCUACGUCCGUUUGUCCCAAACACUGGGUGAAGCGCGGCGUUGCUAUGGUUUGCGCGUUGAAUACGUAA